AAACAGUUCUUUGCCUACUUGUCCAAAAAAAAAAGACAGUUCUUUGCCUCUGUUUUUCUCCCAUUUAAAAGAAAAAAAAAAGUUUGUGUUCCACGGAUAUUGCCGUUCAUAUGUCCUCAUAAUUUUCAGAGUAUUUUAAUGGUGGAAGUGAAGAUUGUAGAAAAAAGUAGAAAUUCCCAAAUUAAAUUUAAAAAAUAUUAUUACUAUACUGGGGUUGAAAUUAAUUAAUUAACAGAUUCACUUAAUUAUAGUUUAUCAGCCACCCUUCCCACUUUCUCAAUCCCUUUUCCCACAAAUACAAAUACUCUUGCAAAUUUCUUUCUAUAUUUUUCAAUGGCAUCUUUACCUUCUUUCACGAUUUUCUCUCUCUUCUUUUGUAUUACCUUCUUCUCUAAGGCUCUGUUUGUUUCUCUGCAAUUCAUUUCUUCUUAAAAACCCCCCCUUUUUUUUUACCCUAUUGCUCAUUUACUUCUCCCCGCUUGUUGACUUCCUUGGUUUCAAAGGCUAAAAGUCCAAGCAUAUCAUCAAUGUCCAAAGGCAGAGAAAUUGAAGAUAAGGAAGUUGAUAUGGAAGGCGGCGAGUUUAAUAUAGAAGAGUAUGAAGAUGAGGAAGAAGAGGAUUUCUAUGACUAUGAAUCUGAUAAGGAAUUCGUUCAUGUUAUUGACUUGAAUUUCUUUUCUAAUGAGCCACAACCUGGUAAAAAAAUCAGGAAGUGUGAUACUUUCGAUGUUCCUUUUGGGCUUGAUUUAUCAUUAAGUAUCGAGCCUCAGGAUGCAGAUUAUGUACUCUCUCAUAUUCCCCAACUCAGUGAUGAGUUAGAGAAUAUGAUUAUAGCCCGAAUUCCACUCCUGGAAUUCAGAAAACUGUGCUUAGUGAACAAGAAGUUCUUAGCACAGAUAAGAAAUGGGGACUUGUUGAAAGAAAGGAGAAUGAUUGGUGUAAGAGAAGCAUCAGUGUUCAUGCUUGCCAGUGGGGAAGAACACUGGUGCGCGUUUGAUCAACAAUUCACAUUCCAUAAGGCGCUACCUAUAUUACCCUGUGAUGAUGUCUUCAAACUUGGAGAUAAAGAGUCUCUUUGUGCCGGGACUCAUCUCCUUGUUUGUGGGAAUGGGUUAGAUGGACCUGUCGUAUGGACUUAUGAAGUGAUCAUGAACAAAUGGUUCAAGGGUUCUUCCAUGAUUGAGCCUAGGUGUCUGUUUGCAUCUGCAUCAUCUGGUGACUUAGCCUAUGUGGCAGGAGGUAUUGGUCUGGAGAACAAAGGGAUUUUGAAUUCGGCUGAAAGGUAUGAUCCUGUAACCAGAUCGUGGGAGCCAUUACCUAAGAUGAGGAAUAAGAGAAAGAUGUGUUCCGGUGUUUACAUGGAUGAGAAGUUUUAUGUGUUCGGAGGUCAGAACCAAAUUGGUGAAGUUUUAACCUCUGCUGAAGUAUUUGAUGAGAAGAAAAACAUAUGGGUAGAGAUACCGGGAAUUUUAACUGGUUUAACACUACCAACUUCCCAAUCCACCCAGUCUCCUCCUCUUGUUGCUGUUGUUAAUAAUGAGCUAUACACUAUAGAAACUUCAACAAAUUGUUUGAUGGUGUACUUAAAAAACAGCAAUUCUUGGAGGGAUUUGGGAGAAAUUCCUGUUCGAGCUGAUAUAAACAAAGGUUGGGGUGUGGCCUUCAAGUCUCUUGGUAAUGAAUUGCUCGUGAUAGGUGGAUCAACGAUCUCUUUGUCAGGUCGUGGUAUGACUAUUUAUACUUGCUGCCCUUACCCGAAUGCUGAAACCUUGAACUGGAAGCUACUUGAUGGUGGUGGCCAUAGCAGAAGCCAUUUUAUAAGGAACUGUACUGUUAUGGUGGCUUGAAGCUUCAUUUGAGCUAGUUAAUGGUGAAUUUCUCAAGUUUUCUGCUGUUCUGUAGUUUGUGCAAUCAGUAUUCAGUAAUAUCUUUUCAUUUUAAAGUUUCGCGGUGUGUUGUCUUAGCAAUGUGAUUCGACUAAUUUGUAUUAUAAUUGUUGUGUGCUUUGUAUU